AUGCGACUGGUAUUGCUGAUUACUCUGAUAUGCUCAAGUGCUCUCGGUCUAGACAACGGCCUGGCCAGGACACCACCCAUGGGCUGGAUGUCAUGGACUCAGUUUCGUUGUCAAACCAACUGUGACAAGUAUCCUGAUGACUGUAUCAAUGAAAAACUUUAUCAGGAAAUGGCAGACAGAUUAGUUUCGGAUGGCUAUCGUGAUGCCGGAUAUAACCACAUUCACAUUGACGAUUGCUGGAUGGAACGGAAUCGUGAUGCUGAUGGGCGGCUUGUUGCUGAUAAAACGAGAUUCCCUUCAGGCAUUAAAGCACUUGCGAAAUACAUGCAUGACAGAAAUCUCUUUUUGGGUAUCUAUGAAGAUUGGGGUAACAAAACCUGUGCAGGAUAUCCUGGCAGUGAGGGUCACGUUCAGAUGGACGCACAGACGUUCGCCGACUGGGAAUGUGACUACCUGAAACUAGACGGUUGUCAUAUGAAGCAAUCGCAGCAAAGCAUUGGUUAUCCAGAAAUGGAAAAAGCUUUGAAUGCAACUGGCCGCCCAAUUAUGUAUUCAUGCGAAUGGCCGUACUAUUUAAUUGAUGAACAGAAGCAGAUCAACUAUACUGCAAUUGCACAAUCAUGUAAUCUCUGGCGGAAUUUCAAUGAUGUGUCCAACAACUGGGCAUCGAUUCUGAGCACCAUGCUUUUCUAUGAUCACUAUCAGGACGAGCUGAUUGAUGUGGCCGGACCAGGACAAUGGAACGAUCCUGACAUGCUCGUCAUUGGAAUGAAGAAUGGAUUAACAGCCGAUCAGGCGAAAGUUCAAAUGUCUGUAUGGGCAAUAUGGUCUGCCCCACUAAUUAUGUCGAACGAUCUUCGUGAUAUCGAUCCGAUAUUCAAAGAGAUUCUUCUGAAUCGCGACGUCAUUGCGAUAGAUCAGGAUCCUAUGGGAAAAAUGGGAAGAUUGAUGAUAUCAAACGACAACACAGCUAUAUACGUAAAGCCGGUACUGCCAAAAGAAGUCAGCGAUACCUCUUUUGCCAUAGCAGUUGUCAAUAAGCAUCUCUCCACUACCUAUACUAUCAAAUUCGCCUUGAACAAAGUUGGCAUGUAUCGUGAGAACGGCUACCAAAUCAAAGAUCUGUGGUCUGGAAAGGAUAUGGGAACCUUCAAGCCUACAGACACCCUAACCGUGCAAGUACCCCCUACUGGAGCGGCUAUGUUCAAAGCAACUAUUGUUUGA